AUGCCAACGAUUAAAUUUAGCAUGCACUGCGUGACAAUGGCCGGUGAGGUUCUGAUAACGAGCAAAACAAAUGCAAAAAAGAAGCAAGGCUUAAAAUGUUCAAAGUCCGAUCAAUCCGAGGACUCUGAUCCUGGCAACAAUCUACUGCGUCAUAUGUGCGAGCAAUGCGGAUAUAGAACUCGCAUAUCUGGAAAUUUAAAGGUGCACAAGCGCCGUCAUACUGGCGAGAAACCCUUCUGUUGUAACAUAUGCAAUGCAUCAUUCGUGGCACGAUACCAAUUAACCACACACAAUGAGAGUCAUAUGGAUACAGAUCAACGACGCAGUCGCUACAUGUGCAGGGAGUGCAAUGUAGGAUUCCUUAGUGCACGCGCGCUUUAUCAUCAUAGGCCGCUUCAUGCUCAGGUGAAGCAGUAUAAAUGUGGCGUAUGUGAGAAGUCCUACGCGCAGGCAGCAGGAUAUGCGCAGCACAAGCGCUGGCAUCGCCAACGCAACGAGCGAGCAACGGCCACAACCAAUGUAAAAGUAUCUGACACAAUCAAAACGAUUUUAAAUUAGCCCGCGUAGCCAUUUAUCAACACUAUAUCAUUUCGAUAGCAUUUCUAUUGUUAUGGGAAUCGUGCUAUCGAUGCAUUGUUUUGGUAGU